AUGGGGAAGAAUCAUCAUCCCUUGGGCCGGAGGGGCGGGUGGGGCGGGUGGGGCGGGUGUUUCGGGCCUAUGACAACAUCGAAACGUAAUGUUUACGCUGGAAGAAAAUUCAGUACGUGUGCGAGACUUUAUAAUUUGAAGGGAUCGGAUCACUCUGAUCAAUUUCAUAUUCAGGUUAUUCACUUAAUCUUUGCAAUUGAGAAAUAUUUCUGUCAUCUAGGCUUUUAUUUAUUGAAUUCAUUGAUUUGAUUAUUCUUAAUUACAACUUGUGUUAUUAUAUAUUACAGGAAAAGUUGUCGGAGAUUAGCUAAGGAUUCGAUUCCUCCGCUACGAGCCCUAAGCGUAAAGAAGAAGAAACUCUUGAUGAUAAUCCACCUCAAGAUGUCAUCUACCUCAGUAGACGGAGCUGUCUCAACCACCACAUCAAACUCUACUUAAGAGAACUGAGACUCAUAAUAUUCCUUCACAUCACAAGAACCAUUUUCCCAUUUUUUGGGUCAUGGGGCUCCUCAACGCAGCCUACAAGUAGAAUCCAGCGGAAGCUUUCUCAGCUUCGGACAAUUGUUUAGUAUGUCAAGACAUCUCAAACGCUGAAAAGGCAGAGCAUUCCAGUAGAUGCUCUUCAGCUCAGACAACUGAUACAAGUUCAGGCAUUCUAGUUUCUGGAAAGGAAGAAUCUCCUUUUCUAAAACACUUGCAGCUUUCUCUUUGCUUAUUAUAUCCUCCAGAUGCUUACACCCCCAAACGCGAAGAUUGAUCAGGUUUGGAGCAAACAGCAGCCACGUCAAAUCCUUUAAACCAUCACACCCUUCUAUUCGCACAUUAGAGAGGUUUGAGAAGUUGGGAUUUGUUAGAUUUUUUUUCCAUGGUGUCUUCUCUAUCAUUAUCUCCCACAUCCAACAGUUCCAUAUGGAGAUGUAACACAGAUUAUGUAUAGCUGGCAAAACUAAUACUCCUACGGAUUCCUCCGGACGCUCCCAAUGGUCCCUAAUAUAAAUGUGUUGAAUACAUCUCCCAACUCUGGGAUAACAGAACAAUUCCCCAACCAAACCUGACGAGAUAUCUGUGGUUAUGAGUUCUAAAUGUUCUAAGAGCUGUAGUUCUUUCAUAAGCCCCGUAUCUAGUGUCGUUUUUGAAUCUCUUAGUCUCAAUGUUCUCAAACUUGACAAAUAUGAUAUCCCUGAAAUGCUCUCAAGUCUCCUCGUCCUUUCCAGUUUCAAAUGUACUAGCUUUCUCAACUCGUGUAAACCAUGAGGUAGUCGCUCUAUAUAUGUCCCGGACAAAUCAAGAUACUGCAAGGACACCAACUCUGAUAUUUCUUCUGGCAGUUCACUAAGACUGUGAUUUUCUGAUAGAUCCAAAACAGCUAGACUAGGCAUACACCGAAAGAAUUCCAUUGAGAUGUCUACCAACUUGUAGUUAUUCUGAAGGAACAGAGUUAUAAGUUCAACGCAUUCGGGACUGCCAAGUAUCUUUUCAAAAUUGUUAUUCAUUAGCGACAUCCUUUUCACAGCUCUCCAGUUCUCGACUUCAGGUAGUUCAUCUAAUCCAAUGCCGGCUUGCACAAUACAUCUCUCUUUAUGCUUUCCAAGAUCAGAAAAUAUCCACAGAGCCAUCUCACGAACCAUAUCAUGCAUACUCACGACAUCUUUAUCCUUUGCUCCCUCCAACAAUAAAGAUGAACGGACAAGAGUACCGAGUAUAUCAUAACCUUGGUUGAAUGCUUUUUCUCUACCUUGCUUUUCUUUUAUGAAUCCCUCACAAAUCCAGUAUUCAAUAAGCAUCUCUUUUCUGAUUUCAAAAUCUUCAGGAAAUAGAGAGCAAUAUAGGAAACACGACUUCGCAUCCUCCCCAUUCAAGCUAUCAUAGCUAUAUUUUAAAAUUGGAAGAAUUUCAUCUUCCAUGCCAGAAAAAUCUGUAGCAGAAGUCAAAACCUCAGUUGCAUGACGCCAUUCUUGUAUUGUCCUCUUGAAUGACAUGGUCUCACCAAUGACAUUCAGUGCUAGUGGUAGACCACAACAUUUUUCCGAAACUUUGCGUGCUAGCUGGGGAAUGUCUGGGUGGCUUCCUAAUGUGUUUUCCCCCACUUUCUUUUUCAACAAAUCCCAAGCGUUUCCAGUGUCCAGACAACUGAUUUCCAUCGGGUUAUCUACCCCCAUGCGUCCACAAACUUCCUUAGAAUGAGUGGUGAAUGCUACUUUGCAUCCGUUUUCUCCACUCGGAUACGGGACUCCAAUCACCUUUAACUCCACUUUCUCCCAUAUAUCAUCCAACAACAACACAAAUUUCUUCCUCCUAAGAACGUUGUGGAUGUCAAGGGCUCUCUGGUUUUUGUUUUUCUCGUCCCAAUUCUUCCCAACAAGGCCUAGUUUUUCCCCGAUGCUUUUUUGAAUCUUAUGUACUGUUGCGUUUUUAGACACCACGACCCAUAUCACGACAUCAAAUCCACCACCUAGUUUAGAAAACUUAUUGUUGAUCUGCGUGAGAAGGGUGGUUUUGCCUACUCCACCCAUACCAUACAGACCCACAAUCCAAACUUUAUCUUCCAUUAGACAGUUCCAUACCUUGUCGAGCAUCGAAUCCUGACCAACAAUUGUGGAUUGAAUAGGCAACUCUUCAACCUCAGCUAUAGGAGCUGCCUCAGUCACUAUAUCAAAUACUCCUUGAGAACUAAGACCCUCAACCUCCCUCAAUAAGACAAUAACCCUUUUCCCAUAAAGAUAGCUCAUUUUCACAUUUUUAGAGCAAAAUCCACAGAGACACAACCUUUGUAUCUCAGCGUUACAAGUGCUAAGCAAAUCAUUGAAUUGGUUUUCGAUGGUUUGGAUACGUGUAAGCCAUACCUGAACUUGAGCAAGCCUUCUACGAUGCCCAGUAAACUCUUCUCUAUUUAUCCUUCCUUGCACGUCAUCUCGCUUAGCGUUGAGCACUCCCAUGGCUUUCUGCAGGGAAGCCAGAUUCUCAGAUAGGUUUUGGAUAUAACUCCCACUGACACAUAACCACUGUGAAAACUGAUUCACUUCUCGAUCACAUGACAACGAGACCGAGACACAACCGCCCAUAUCUCAAAAUAAGGAGAGCGAGAGAAAUAUUCACAGAUAAUACUUUGGAACUGAUAAGAUCUUUUACCUUCCG